AACUAACUUAAAACCAAACAAGAAGCCGAUUCUAAGUAAACUUAUCAUCUUCACAUUCUCUCUCUACAUUUAGAGUGAAAGAGAGAAGCUGAAACAUUUUCAAGAAAGAUCAUCAGACUUUAAAUCUACCAGAGAUCACAGCCUUUAUUUAUUUUUAUUUUUUAUGUGAAUUGUUUUUUGGGAGGCUAAAUCAUGGUGGGAAUUUUCUCAAGAUUUUCUGUCAGCAAAGCUGGUCAUCGGAGGACUCAAAGUGCAAUUGAUGAAAGGGAAGUAUUGCCUUCUAGUUCUGAGGUGACAGGUGCUGUUACUGCAGCUGCAGCUGCCACACACGGUAUUGAAGUUGCUGUGGAAUUCAAGCCAGUUGAACACCCAACUGAGCCUCUUGACAAUGAUCAACCAAUCCAGUGCCCAUUACCCGAACCGUCGAUUCUUAAUGAUGGAAGAAUAUGGAAGGAACGAGUGUCUUCAGGCGUUCAAAGGAGGACUGAUAUGCCAAUCAUUCCAAACCCACCAACUCCUGUAGAAUCCGUAACUUCUGGAACAAAACCUCGGCCCCCUAAUCGCGUUAUUCUGCCAUCAGUCAGUGCCCCAGAGCACAGCAUCCUUAAGCUGCUCGAAGAGUCUGGUAUCUAAACUUAAACAUCAAUUUAUCAUAAUUGGAAUACUUUCUCAUAAUAUUUGGUUAAAGCUGGAUUUUGUUCUGUUCUCACCCUUUUAAGCUUCGUUUUUUGUUCACAUUUACGACCAGUUAUGUAUUUUAUGAAAGACAUGUUCAAACCCCAUGUAUAUUUUGAGAAAUGAUGGCAGUUUUAUUUGUAUUGAGGAUGUAAGAACAAAUACAAGUUGUACA